UAACUGUUGGGAGAGUGUGGAACUAGCAUACUACACUGACUACUAUACUACACGAACUAGUAUACUACACGAACUAGUAUACUACACUAGUAUACUGCAUGAACUAGUAUACAGCACUAAAAGUAUACUUCUCUAGUAUCAACUUGUUUAUCUGACCAGGAGUUUCUUAAAAUGACGCGGGACAUUUUGUUGUACUCGUAUAAACUGAAAUUAUUUUAAUGUGAAACGACUUUGGAAAAGAAAGUACUACAAUGAUCACGUACCGGAGUUGAGCAAGCACCGGAUGCGUGAUGUCUACUUUCGCUAUCUGUUCCCGCAUGCUGGCCAAGUGCUCACCAACAAGGUCGCUGACCUACAAGACAAAACGGGUCCCUAGACCCAUUUAACUGCCGUUUUACAAGUGCUUACAAAAAAGGUCGCUGACCUACAAGACAAAACGGGUCCCUAGACCCAUUUAACUGCCGUUUUACAAGUGCUUACAAAGAAGGUCACUGACCUACACGACAAAACGGGUCCUAAGACCCAUCUAACGGCUGUGUUUAAAUUGGUCUUUCUAACGGCUGUGUUACAAGUGCUUACAAAGAAGGUCACUGACCUACACGACAAAACGGGUCCCCAGACCCACUUGGUGCUGUAGACGCCUAGACCCACUUACUGCAGUAGACCCCUAGACCCACUUACUGCAGUAGAACCCUAGACCCACUUACUGCAGUAGACCCCUAGACCCACCAAGCGCUGUGUUCUCGACAUUUCUAUUUCACGUACCACAACUGUGCUACUUGUGACAGACCAGACCUCUGAUACAUUACUUUUAUCCUGUUCAAUGUAAGAUAAACAAAAAAAAAAGUUUUUUUUUCGCACGCUUGCGUUGAAUUUGUCUGUUUUAGAACAUUUGUAAAUUUAAUAUUUCAACUUUUUUUAAGGACUAGUACGGAUACACGAGUGAAGGUUAAUUCAGUGCAAAUUUCCUAUAAGGCAAUUUUUUCCCCGAUUAUUUGAUAAUAAUUAUGUUAUUCCUUGAAUGGAAAACACCUAAUUAAAUAGGUGAUUUUUUUUAAUUCACUUUUCUGGAUUUUGUAUGAAUUUGGUCUUAAUUUUGGUUAUUAAAUUUAUGUUAAACUUAUAUUUCAUAAUGUCUAUUGGACAGGAUAUAAAUAAGUGUGUGUGAAGUAGACAAUAAGGAUUUCAUUAUUUCGUGGAGUUUAUUUUCUACCACAAUGCGCACUGGGAUUUCGUAACUAGGAUAUUUUUUCUACCAUCACCGGAAGGCGUUCACCGUCACCAUGGAGAUGAACUUGGAAACAAACUUCGCUGCGGUGUUGAUGCAGUCGGAGCAGACGUCCACCCCGGUGACCACCAACCUGUCGCAACUUCCGGGUCACGUGGGGGGCUAUGGCGGGAGAUGUGACUCGAACGGGACGGACGAGUACGAAAAUUUUUACCGGACGGCGCAGUUCGUGACGGGUCUGAUCAUCUACCCGAUCCUGUGCAUCACGGGCGUGCUAGGAAACUCGCUCUCCCUGAUCGUGCUCAGUCAUAAGGACAUGGCCACCUCGACCAACAUUUACCUGCUAGCAUUAGGAGUGUCCGACUCCCUGAAGUUGCUCAACGACUUCCUCUACUUCAUCAUGCUGCUCAUCAUGCUCAACAACCCAGGAGCCGCCGAGACGAUGAUGGCAAAUGUCUACCCUUAUGCUCAUUAUGUCUUCCAGGUGGCCGUGAGUGUGACUGCCUGGCUAACCGUCUCUGUGGCCGUAGAUCGAUACAUCUCCGUCUGCUACCCCUCCAGAUCGAAGACACUGUGCACGAUACCACGGGCCAGGACCGUCGUCACCUCCGUCUUCGUCAUCAUGACACUACUAUCGAUACCCUCAGGGUUUCGAUACCGCCUUGAGACUUUUAACGAUACCGUGAAUAAUCGUACUUGUAUGGAGGUAGUCGUCACAGAAUUAGGAAGGAAUCAACAAUUUAUGAUUCCUUAUACCUGGGUCCAAAACUUCCUACGAGGAAUUAUCCCAGUUUUUAUUCUUAUUUUUAUUAACGCUAAAAUCAUCAACGUGCUCAGGAGGGAGAGGGUUAAGGGCAAGAAGCUCAACUCAAGGAACCGUAUCACGCUGAUGUUGAUCGCGAUGGUGUUGAUAUUCAUCGUGUGCCUGACGCCGGACACCAUCAUGUCGACGUUCUUCGGCAAGGGAUACGUGGAGGAGGAUUACAUGGUGAAAGGCAUCCGUGAGAUCACAGACAGCCUGGUGGCGCUUAACUCCGCCGUCAACUUCAUCCUCUACUGCUCGCUCAGCGCCAUCUUCAGAAACACCUUCAUGCGGGUUUUCUUUGGACGGCAUUACGCUAAGAUGCGAGGCGGAUCUUGUCGAAAUAUCAGCCGGGAUGGUACUUCUAUGAGGACGAAAAGUAUGCGGAACUCCUACCGCGGUCAUAGAAACGGUACUGAUAGAAACGGAAGACGGAAGUCGAGUUUGGAUGAUCUUGAUCUUGAAGGGGGAUGCACGGAUGAGGAGUACUCACCGAAGAUCCAGCCGGAGACGAAUGGGUAUAAAAAAGAGAAGAAGAAAUCGAACUCCGGGUUGAAGAGUGAGCAGACGAUGGAUUUGUUGAAAGAGAAGACGAUUUUGGACCUGAGGUUAAACUCGGGAGUUUAUAUCGGCCCGAUGGAGCCGGAAAUAGUUUGGCCGAGUAAAAAUGCGGAGAAGUGUAGCUCGCUGCCAGGAAGUAACGAAACGAAAGUUUCUUUUUGUAAGAUGAAUGAGUCGGAGGGGGUGCAGUUGUGAGACUGUUGGUAGGUCCAGGUGUACACGUGUGUGUGGGUAGGUCCAGGUGUACACGUGUGCGUGGGUAGGUCCAGGUGUACACGUGUGUGUGGGGAGGUCCAGGUGUACACGUGUGUGUGGGGAGGUCCAGGUGUACACGUGUGUGUGGGGAGGUCCAGGUGUACACGUGUGCGUGGUGAGAUCCAGGUGUACACGUGUGCGUGGGUAGGUCCAGGUGUACACGUGUGUGUGGGGAGGUCCAGGUGUACACGUGUGUGUGGGGAGGUCCAGGUGUACACAUGAGUGUUAGUGAGUGGGUACAGGUGUACAUGCGUACAGUUGUGUGUGGGUAGGUCAAUGUGUAUAGGUCAGCUAUUUGCGUGUAUGUGUGUGUGAGGAGGGUUGGGCUGGUCCAUGUGUACACAGGUAUGAAUGUGUGUGCAGGU